AUGAAGAGUAAGGACAAAAUAAAAAAAGAAACAAAAAUAAAAAUAAAAAAUAAAAAUAGUAAAAAAAAAGGUAAUUUAAAAAUCCUUAAAAACGGGAAUAGUUCAAGUAAUGAGAGUGAUAUUUACUUUUAUAAUGAUAUUCAAAGAUGGACAAAUAAUGUAAAAGUUCCUAUAUGGCUUAAAAAACCGAAAGAUAAAGAAUCAUUGGAAGAUUUUUAUAAAAAUAUCAUAAGGAAAUUACUAAGAGUCAAAAAUAAAAUUAGAGCUUACAAAAUACAAGAAACAUAUUUAAUAGAAUGCUUACAAAAAUGUAUGAUAGAUUUAAAUUUAAAUUCGAUAAAGUCUCCAAAUUUUGAUAGUUAUGAGUUAUAUAAAAAGUUAAUUUGUAAUAAUAAUACAAAUAAUUUUUCAGAAAAUGAAAAAUUCACUUCUAAUAAUCAAGAUAAUUAUAUUCAAAAAAGCAAAUAUUUCUCAAAAGACAAAAUAUUAGAUGAAAAUGUUAUUUAUUAUAAUAAGUCAAAUAAUAUUAAUAUAAAUAAAACCAAAUCAUUUCAAAAUGAACGGAAUAGUAAAAAUAACGAUAUUAACAGUAAUAAAUACAACAUAAACAAUCGUAAUGAAAUAAACGAUAACAACACAAAUAAUUCAAAUAGUAAUAAUAAUUCAAAUAAUAAUAAUAAUUCAAAUAAUAAUAAUAAUUUAAAUAAUAAUAAUAAUAAUAAUAAUAAUAAUAAUAAUAAUAAUAAUAAUGAUAAUAAUAAUGAUAAUAAUAAUAAUAAUAAUGAUAAUAAUAAUAAUAAUAUAGAUAGUAAUAAUAAUAAUAAUAAUAAUAUAGAUAGUAAUAAUAAUAAUAUAGAUAGUAAUAAUAAUAAUAUAGAUAGUAAUAAUAAUAAUAAUAAUAAUAAUAAUGAUGGUGAUAGCUAUUUAUAUAAUAAUUACAAUGAUAGCAAUCAUAAAAAAAGUCAUACAAAAAGUAUCACAAAAAAUGAUAUGAGCAGUAUUAUACAUAGUAUAAAAAAUACACUAUUUAAAGUAGACCAAAAAAAAAAAAAUAAUAUUAUUGAUGAGGUUUUUAAUAAGGUAAUAAUUCCGGGCGCAUUUUUUGAAAAUAAUAAUUUCUGUCCUAUUUUUAUGAAUCUAUUAAAACUAGAUAUAUAUAAUACAUGUUAUAACAAUGAUAUGAAAUUUAAUUCUAAAUUAAUAGAUCUUUUCACAAUGCUAAAUUCUUUUAAUGAAAAUAAUGCAAAUAAUGAUAAGAAUAAGCAAGAUAAUAAAGUAAAAAAUAAAACAAUAAAUGAUGAAUCUUGUAAUAAUUCGUAUAAUGAAGAUUUAAAUUUCUUUAAAAGUCAAAGUUCUUUAUACAAAUUAUCACAAUAUUGCAUAGAAAAAAAUGUCAUAGUAAAUAAUGAGGUAAUUUCAUUUGAUACAAUAUAUAUUUACAAUGACAAAAACGAUGAGGGAGAAUCAAAAACUGUUGAAAAAAAUAAUAAGAAUAAUAAUAAUAUUACAUACAAUAAUAGAAAUUUUAAAUAUUAUCUAGAUACUACAAAAAAGAAAAAUCCGUCCUUGCGUUAUAUCAAUAAUAAAUGUGACAUUUUAAAAAAGGAUGAAAAUAAAAAUGUUAUAGAGAAUACAUUAAAAUCUUAUGAUUUAUGCAAACAAAAUUAUAAAAGUUAUAACGAAUCAAACAAAAACACAAACAAGUUAUUCCUUCAUAAUGAAGAUCAUAAAAAUGAAAAAAAUAUCAUUUUUAAUGAAAAUAAUCCUAAAAAUAUUAUAAAUUUAAAUGAAGUUAUCAAUAAUAGGGAAUUUUUUGAGAUUUCAUAUUUUAAUAACGAGACUGGAAACUAUGAAGAAAUAAAUACAAGUAACUCUGAAAAAAAUUCUGAAAAUAAAAAUAAAUGUGAUAAAUCUUAUAUAUCUAGUAAAAAUGUUAACAAAACGGAAGAAAAAAUAAAUAUUGAAAAUGAAAAUAAUAAUGAAGUAAAUAUUGAAUUGGGAAUAAUAAGUGAAAAAAGUUGCGAUUUUUUAUCUUCUGAUAUAAAUAAAAGCAUAACAAAUGAAAAUGAAUAUCCACAAAUUAAUUCUAAAGAAAAAAGAAAUAUUUCCAUUAAUCGAUCUUUAGAAAUUAAAGAUAUAAAUAUGAAAAAUUGUGAAAAUAUAUUAAAUAAAGAAAAAUUAGAUAUGCCUUUAGAUGAAAUUUCUGAAAAGUUUAUAAAUCAUAAUUUUUACAGUAUAGAUGAGAAAAAUAUCGAUGAUCAAAAUUAUAUAAUUAAGGAUAAUUCUCCUAAAAAUAGUCAAGAGAAUAAUGAAUUUUAUUUUAGAUCAGGUAAAUUAAAAAAUUAUAAUAAUGAUAAUUAUACAAAUGUGUGUAAAAAAAAAUCGGAUGAGCUUAAUAUUCACUAUGAAAAUGAUGGUAAUAAUUUUAAUGAUGACCUUUUAUUAUUAGAAAAAGAAAUUAAAAAAAAAAAAUUGAUUAAUAAUGAUAAAUUAAAAGAUUACAACUAUAUGUGGGAUGAUAAUAUUAAAAAUUGCUAUUACAAGAAUGAGAAUGAUGAUAAUAGAAUUAAUGAAAAUAUUAGUUACAAAAAUAAAAUGAAUAAAUUUGAUAAUAACAAUAAUAGUAACAAAAGUUAUUGUGAAAGAGAUAAAAUGAAUAUGGAUAAUAAAAAUAAGAAUAAAAAUCAAAAUAUUAAUGACCGUAUUAUUAGCAAUGAUUACACAUAUAAUAUAAGUUCUCAGAAUGAAGACUCAAAAAGUUUUAAAACUUGUGAAGAUAGUGAUAGUAGUGUUUUUAUUAAUGUAAAAAAAAGUAAUGGAAAAAGUAAAGAAUCCAUUAUAAUUAACAAAAAGGGAGAUUUAAGCUUUUAUAAUAAAAAACAAGAUUAUAGCAAUUCUUUAAAAAGUUAUCCAAGUGAAAGGGAAGAAGACGAAAGUGAUAGUAAAAAAAAAAGCAUUAAGUCAAUUUCAAACAGUCAUUUUGAUAAUGAAAAUGUAAACGAAACAAAUGAAACUUUUAGUAAUUAUAAUUCUAAAUGUUCUCUUAAAGAAGAACCAAAUUAUGAAGUUAUAAUAUUAGACGAUGAUAUUUCACUAAAUAAUGGGAUCAUAAACCCUAAUAUUAGUAACAAAAAUGAAUUAAAAAAAAAUAGUUUAGAAAACAAUUUUAUUUCAGAUAAAGAAUAUUAUAAAAAAAAUUCUGAUAUUUCAUCAUUAGAUAAGAGAAAAAGGCAUUAUGAUGUUUUUAUUAGUGCAGACAGUCACAAUUUAUGUGAUAGAAGCAAAAUUAGUAAAAAUGAGUUAAACAACACUGAAUAUCUUGAAAAAACAUAUAAUAUAAAUAUGAAUGAAAAAUUUACGCAAAAAAAUAAAAAGAAAGAAUAUAUAAAUGUAGAAGAAAAAAAAGAAAACGAAUUAUCAAUUUUAAAUAUUGAUCUAAAUAAAGCUAAUAAUGUGGUACUAGAAGGACUAAUGGAGUUUUUUGGAUUAAAGAGUAAACGAUUAUCAAGGAAAAUAGUUAUUAAUGAAUUAAAAAAAAUACAGGAUUACUUAAAUGAAGAAUUCAAUAAACUAUUAAAAGAUAAAGAAGAAAUAGAUGUUUCAAAAGGUCACUUAUCUCAAAGAGAUUGUUCCAGUGAAGAUAAUUUAUGUACAAAUAGUCUUCAAAAUAAAAAAUUUUCAUAUACUUAUGAUGAAAAUAAUAACAGUAAUAAUAUAAAUACUAAUAAUACCUUAGAAUUUAACAAAAAAAGAAAGUUUUCUUCAGAUAAAACCAAUUUUAUAGAAAGUAGCAUCUAUCCUUAUAAUAAUUUAUUAAAUAGUAAUAAAGAAAAAUUACAAGAUGAUUAUAUAAAUCAUAUGCGUAAUAAAAUAAGGAAAAUGGAAUUGAAAUCCCUAUUUGAAAGAAUAGACGAAGCGAUUAGUAUAAAUGAUGUUUUAUAUAAAAGCAUAUGUGAUGAAAAAAAAAUAGAAUAUAGUACCUUAAAAAAAUAUCUCAUAGAUUGCAAAUUAAAUGUUAAUAAAGAAAUUUUGUCAUCGUAUGCAAGAGAUAAAGACAUAGAAAUUUUAUUUAAAAAAAAAAAAAAUGUACAAGUUAAUUGA